UUAAUAUCACUGUCUGUGUUAUAUACCUAUGCAGCACACCUGUUCCCAGUGUAUUAUGUAACUGAUUGGACCUGUUCUGUAAGUUUAAUGUUGUAAGGAUGAAGCUUUACUGAGCAUUGCUAAACAGGUUAAAAGUUUUGUUGUGGCAGUUUAAAUUAUAACUAGCUUUAGAAUACGGCAGCUGAAGUUUAUUUUAAUUUUGUAACUGAUUCAUGAGUCAACAGGUGUCUUGAAAACUCAGGUUUUUUUGUGUUUCACAAGCCAAUAAACAGGAAGAGUUUGUUCGUUUGUUUGCAUCCACCACCAUUGGGUUUCCAGUUCGCUGUCCAUACUUCCUGCCCUGGCACACUUCACCUAACACAACGCAGAGGCCGCUUUGGGGCUCACCGCUGGGAAGAAAAGACAGAAAAAAUCAUGGCAACACCUGUAGACCUGCUGGCAGCAUUGGAUGAUUUGGCAGAUGAAGAGUUCAAAAGGUUCAAAUGGUUCCUGGUGCAGACUGACAUCUUGGAAGGCUUCCUACCAAUCUCAAAGAGCCAAUUACAGAAUGCAGACAGGAUGGACACAGUGGAUGAGAUCAUAGACACCUACAACAAAAAUGCUAUGAAGGUGACCAUUAAGGUUUUGAAGAUGAUCAAAAAGAAUGACCUCGUGCAGCGUUUAUCAAGCAUUAGCUCAACAUCCAAAGAGACUCUCAAUGAUUGCCAGCGUAAACUCAAAUCCAACCUGAGGAAGAAGUUUCAGUAUUUCUUUGCGCAAGCCACAAAAUCUGGAAAGCCGAUGUUGAUGAAUGAGAUUUACACUGAGCUCUAUAUCACGGACAAAAUAUCUGGAGAGGUCAACAUGGAACAGGAUAAAAUACAAACUGUUUAUUUGAAAAACACUAUCAGUAUAGAAGACUUCUUUGAACCCUUGCCUGGUCAGGAUGGAUCAGUUAGAACAUUAAUGACAAAAGGAGUGACUGGUAUUGGAAAAACAGUCUUGACACAGAAGUUGGCCUUGGAUUGGGCUGAAGACAAAGUCAACGACAAAAUACAGUUCAUAUUUCCAUUCACCUUCAGAGAGUUGAAUCUGCUAAAGGAGAAAAACUACAGCUGGGUGGAACUCCUUCAUCACUUCUUUGCUGACACCAAAGAAGCAGGGAUAUACAGUUUUGAUAAACUCCAGAUUGUGUUUAUCCUUGAUGGUCUGGAUGAGUGUCAACUUUCCUUGGACUUCCACAACAACGAUAUCCUGACUGAUGUUACUGAGUCAGCUUCAGUGGAUGUGCUGCUAACAAACCUCAUCAUGGGGAAACUGUUCCCUUCUGCCCUCUCCCUUCAGGUAAGAGGGUUCACUAAUCCAAAGAAGGAAGAGUACUUCAGGAAGAGAUUCAGAAACAAUAAGGAGUUGGCCAGCAGAAUCAUUAACCACAUGAAGGCAUCAAGAAGUCUCCACAUCAUGUGCCACAUCCCAGUCUUCUGUUGGAUCACUGCAACAGUUCUGGAAGAUGUGUGGAAAACCAAUGACAGUGGAGCGCUGCCCACGACCCUGACUGAGAUGUACAUCCAUUUUCUAUUAGAUCAGUCCAAACUGGCGGAUAUCAGAUAUGACGGAAGAGCUGAGACAGAUCCACUCUGGAACACCAGUAAGAUGAUCCUGUCUCUGGGAAAACUGGCUUUUGAGCAGCUGGAGAAAGGCAACCUCAUCUUCUGUGAAGCAGAUCUUAUAGAGUGCAGCAUUGAUAUAAGAGCUCUCUCUGUCUACUCGGGAGUGUUUUCACAGAUCUUUAAAGAGGACCAUGGGCUAAACCAGGACAAACUUUUCAGCUUUGCCCAUUCAAGCUUUCAGGAGUUUCUGGCUGCUCUUCAUGUCAUUGUGUCAUUCAUCAACUCUGGUGUCAACCUCUUGUCUGAAAAACAAUCAAGCUCCCAACAGUCUGCACUCAACACAGAGCAAUCUGCAAUUAAACUCCUCUUCCAGAGUGCAGUCAACAAGGCUUUACAGAGUUCAAAUGGAAAACUGAACUCCUUCCUCCGCUUCCUCACUGGCCUCUCGCUGCAGACCAAUCAAACACUUCUUCAGGACCUAAUGAAACAACAAGGAAGUAGCUCACAGAGCGCUGAGGACAUAGCCCAGUACAUCAAAAAGAAGAUCAGGGAGAACCCCUCUCCAGAGCAAAGCAUCAACCUAUUCCACUGUCUUAAUGAGCUGAAUGAUCAUUCUGUAGUGGAGGAGAUCCAACAGUACCUCAGUUCAGGAUGUGUUUCCUCAGGCAGUCUCUCUCCUGCUCAGUGGUCAGCUCUGGUCUUUGUAUUACUUUCAUCAGAGGAUGAGUUGGAUGUGUUUGACCUGAAGAAAUUCUGUCCUUCAGGUGAAGGUCUUCUGAGGUUGCUUCCAGUGGUUCAAGCCUCCAGAGUAUCUCUGCUGAGUGGCUGUAAGCUGUCUCAGGGAAGCUGUGAAACUAUAGCCUCAGCUCUUAGCUCCCAGACCUCUAAUCUGAGAGAGCUGGAUCUAAGUUACAACAACCAUUUGGGGCAUUACUACACCUACUUGCUACGAGAUGUUUUGGAAAAUCAACAUUGUAAACUGGAAAUCCUCAGGCUGAGUUGCUGUGGUCUGCGAUCUGGGAGUUGUGAAUUUCUGUCUACAGUUCUCAGUUGUCAGUCCUCCAGUCUUAGAGAGCUGGACCUUAGUAACAACGACCUGGGGGACUCAGCAGUGAAGGUGCUCUCUCUGGGGUUGGAGAGUCCACACUGUAGACUUGAAGCUCUCAGCUCCAAGUCUUCCAGUCUGUCACAGCUGGACCUGAGUAUGAACAACCUGCAGGAUUCAGGAGUGUUGGUGUUCAGUGCCGGACUGGAGAGUCCACACUGUAAACUGGAAACUCUCAGGUUAAGUACUUGUAACCUGUCAGGAAAAAGCUGUGAAACUCUGGCCUCAGUUCUCACCUCCCAGACCACCAGCUUGAAAGUGUUGGACUUGAGUAACAACAAUCUGCAGGAUUCAGGAGUGAAGCUCCUUUCUGCUGGACUGGAGAGUCCACACUGUAACAUAGAAACGCUCAGGUUGAGUGACUGUAAGCUGUCUGAGAGAAGCUGUGGAGCUCUGGCCUCAGCUCUCAGCUCCCAGACUUGCAGUUUGAAAGAGCUGGACCUGAGUACCAACGACGUGCAGGAUUCAGGAGUAAAACUUCUUUCGGCCGGACUUGAGAGUUGUCAAUGUAGACUGGAAACCCUCAGGCUGUCCGGCUGUCAGGUCACAGAAGAAGGCUGUGCUUCUCUGGCCUCAGCUCUGAGCUCCAACCCUUCCCAUCUGCGAGAGCUGGACCUGAGCUACAAUCAUCCAGGAGACUCAGGAGUGACACUUCUCUCUGCUGGACUGGAGGAUCCAAACUGGAGACUGGAUACUCUAAAAGUGGACCAAGGUGGAGUGCAGAGGUUAAAAUCUGGGCUGUCGAAGUAUGCCUGUGAACUCACACUGGACCCAAACACUGCACACAGAAGUCUGUUACUCUCUGAGAACAACAAACAGGUGAAAUGUGUGGAGGAGGAACAGCCUUAUCGUUAUCAUCCUGAAAGAUUUGAUCAGUGCCAACAGUUGAUGUGUAGAAAUGGUUUGACUGGUCGCUGUUAUUGGGAAGUUGAGACUAAGGGAUCAUAUCGUAUCACAGUAGCUUACAGAGGAAUCAGCAGGAGAGGAGACGCUUGUGAAUGCAUGUUUGGAAGGAAUGACAAGUCCUAUGGUCUGUACUCGAAUUAUACUGGUCACAUAUUUUGGUUCAAUAAGACAGAAACAAUUAUUUGUAUCACUAGCAAAGAAACUAACAAAGUAGCAGUGUAUCUGGACUGGCCUGCUGGCACGCUGUCCUUCUACAGAGUUUCUCUGAAACACAUCUACACCUUCUACACCAGAUUUACAGAACCCCUCUAUCCUGGGUUUAGCUUUGACUUUUUGAAUGACCCUGUCAGGGUUGAAUACUCAUUGUGUCAGACAGAUGAGGAAACCAAUCAUCUGACAUCUAGCACAGAAUUCUAAGUGUGAUCAAGAAUAAAAUUACCCAAUUCAGGGUGACCUUUAAGGAUGGUUAGUUUGCAUUCACAGUAACUUACUACAGCUCUGCUGCAGUAAACAAGCAUUAAAAAAUGAGGCUGUUGUCAAUGAGAUAAAAUUACACUGGACUACAUACAUGCCUCGUUUCCUGUGAAUCACUCGUGCAUGGGAAAGCAUCUUGAAUCCAGCGUGGGCUUGGCGGACUCCACCACUAACAAUGAAAAAAAAAGAGAGGGAAUUAGUGAAUGUAAAACUAAAUGUGAUUUUAGGGUUAGUAGGGCUGUAGGUCAAAACGCAGCUUCCUUACUUUCACUUACUAUUUUGAGGGCAUAAGUGCAUUCACACUGAGAAGUAUGGCAAAAUGCAGUAUACUGUGAGUACCCGGAUGGUGCGCUCAUAAUGGCUAAAAAGUUGUGUGGAACGGUUGACACUUGUCACCCUCAACGGCCGCCAUUUUAGCUACGUAAGGAAGGGGCGGGACCAACCACACAGGAGAAGCGAAAAGAGGCAGAGAGAGAGGCCAACAACAGAAUGUCUUUUACAAGUUUUGUACACUAUUUCACUCUUGAGAAGUUUUGCAGAUGUUGAAUAUUGACAGUUUUAUGAAAAGUGAUGUUGGAUCAAAAAUGUGCUUGAAGCCUAAAUUGGAAUCGGCAGGUCAGGGCUUUAAUGAAAUCGGUAAUUGAAAUAAACAUAAACACAAAGCAAGAUAAACAAACUUAACAUGUUUUUUCCCUGCUGUUUGACUUCAUUUAUUGUUAUGAACUGUUUUAAUGCUGGGUGGUGAAGCCAAAACAUUUUUUCCACAGUGUGGACAAUAAAGCUUCUUCCUAUGUAUGAAUGCAGCACUGUGUAUAUCUCUAAACGCUGACUUCAUUUUGCUCUCCUCAUGUUAGAGUAAAAUGUAAAAAAUAAAAAUGAAAUCAUGUUGCUGAAGGUCCAUCCAUCCAUCACAAUCUCUGGGACCACCAUUUCGGCUCUACCACCCCUAAGCUCAUUCUCCUAGCUAUGAUGCUACAGAUGCAGCUAUCAGUCUCCUCUAUCUUAUCCUCAAGCAUUACAGCUGGACUAGACACACAUUUUAAAAGCGUGCUGUACCCUUCACCUCCUCCACUAGCCCUUAGGUAGAUGACUUUGUGUUUUCCUUUACUGACAAGGUGAUGGCUGUCAGUGUCCAAUACACCACCACACCACAGUGUAUUUCAUUCCAUUACGGGUUUGUCGUUUUCUGCAUUUUCUCUCAUCAAAAUUCUGCUCUUGAGUCAUCUCCACCAAUUACCCUCUGCACCCUAUUCCCUCCAAGCUUUUCAUCACCCGUUCACAAUCAUGUCAAAUUAUACAGGUUUUACUGUCUUCGGAUACAUUCCCAAUGAUAUUUAAGCAGCUGUGUGAAACUUUUACUAGGAGGUUUAUGAACAUUAUUUCCAUCACAGUUUUUCUUUUGUUUUUGUUUUGAUUCCUACACAGAGAAAGAAUGAUUGUAUUUCUGUCUUCCACAUUAAAGAACAACUGAAAAGAC